GUGGUAGUGUUGGGAGCAUGCGUUUGAAGCGCAACGCCGAGGAGGAUGCGCGCUGACGGGCCGAUUAUUCGUGGUGGAUGGCCACCACUCUUGCCGGCGUUAGUUGUCUGCACAUGUUCCGCGUGCUGGUAGCAGUCUAGCCGUAUCUCUGUCCGUAUUGCACCCAUUUCACGCGAAUGUGCGUGCGACGUGCCAGGCAGACGCAUUCCCCCAUUCGGCAUGAAUCCGAUACCACCUCCCAUUAUCAGCGCUUCAUUCUGUGGUUUUCAUGAGAAUUUGGCGGGACCUGGCUCGUUUUUUUCUGCGCCGACGAAUGACGAGAGCUAUGUUUUCACCGCGUUCCCUCCACCCAUUGUAUGGCCACUACAAUGUAACGUACCGUUUUUCCCGUUGAACCCGUCCUUCCUACGCGUAACCCUGAUUUCAGGUGUGCCGAAGGACACCAAUGUCUCGGGAAGCUCGCGAGUUCGCCCUCGCGGGCGUGGCCACGUCUCCAAAGGCCGCGGCUUUCACGGGGGCAGAUCUGCAGGCUAUCAUCGACACCGCUCAGCUGGCCGCGAUACACUCGUACCUAGAGGCCCUCCACCCAAAGAGCGAUGAGGCGCCCAAGCUGGAGGGGGGGGACAGCGGCACCAAGGGCUUUGGCCAAGGAAUGCAGCGCGCUGCGACCGACGGUGGUAGCCGUGGUAGCGGUAGCAGUAGGGCACGAGCGUCAACUGAAGCGCUGGCGGUGGACCUCAAACCUUCCUUGGAAGGGACAGCGGCGGAGGAACGCGGAAGAAUUGACACGGGAAGCGGGGCACAGGGAGCAGAUGGAAAAAUCAUUCUAGAGGACGGCUCAGGAAACGAUACUGUGAACGGUUUUGGGCACAGUCCGGAGAAUGGACCUGGGAUCCAUCCUUUGGCGAACGUUCCGGCAAGCGGCGCCAGCGCCGGCGUCGAUCUUCCAGCCCCAAGACAUAGAGAUGACAGGACUGGAGGUAAAAAGAGAGGGGGAGUCGAGGUCUCCGCCGACAAUGUGUGGGCGGCGUUCUUGUCCACCCGGCCGUCACUGUCGGCCGAGGACCGAGCACGGUACGACUUGGCGUACCGAAAGUUUCGAGGUGGGUCGCGGCCGGCAGAAUUUAACCCGAUCAGCUCGGUCGAUGAUGGUACCCUCCGAACCGCCUUGAAGUAG